AUGGCGAACUUCUCAGUAGAAUGGCUAUCUCAAAGUUUUUACAACACUUCAACGGACCGAGUGGACAUCGAAGAAGACACAACAUAUGACAGGACAAGGUCUCAUAUGCCUUGUGUAGUUGUUCCUCGGGCUCCAUCAAUGUAUAAUCAGGUUUCAGUUGAGCCGAAAGUACCUACUGAAGUGAUACUUCAUGUCGACAUGAAAGAGCUUGCUACUAAAGACGACUACACUCCAUCAUCUCCAAACGGUAAGUGUAUAAUUUCCCCCUCAAAACAAUCAAUUUGAGCAUUUCAUGUUGGAGUGUGUUACAUAUAAACCUACUUGUGAUUUCUGGAUGAUUGACUGACAAUAUUUUGUUUGUUUAACUUUCCAGAUAGCUGUGGCUACACGACGGGCUCUGAGAGCGAGGUGGGGGACGAUAGCGAGAGCGAGUCUGCACUACACCGCAGGAUGAGAACCAAGUUCACCUCUGAUCAGAUCUGCAGACUAGAACGAACCUUCAACAAACACAGAUACCUCGGUACAACUCAGAGGAGAAAGAUUGCUGAGAAAAUGAAGCUCUCUGAAACUCAGGUAGGGGCACAAGCCAUAGCCUAAGCUAUGAUAUGUCUUCACGACUUGGAUUUAUGAUUUGAUCAAGAACAACAUUACAACGUUAGCAUUCAAUAAUGUAUCAUAUUUUAUGAUUUCCUUUCAGGUGAAAACAUGGUUUCAAAACAGAAGGAUGAAGCUGAAGCGAGAGGUCCAAGACCUGCGGCCAGAAUUCUUUGCUCCUCCAGCAUCUCUGCUGCCACCGCUGGUCUACGCCGCAGCUCCUUUAUUUCAGCACCAAGCGCAUGGUGGACAGCUCCCCACCUUCGCCCAGAGCACACAUGCUCUCUGCCCGCAUCACAUUCAGAGAGUCCCCAUGCAACAGAUGAUUCAUCGAAAACCAAUCCACCCCAUGAUGUUGGCGCCCUGUUACUACUGA